GCCAGCGUGAGCGUGCAGCUGGAGAUGAAGGCGCUGUGGGACGAGUUCAAUCAGCUGGGCACCGAGAUGAUCGUCACCAAGGCCGGCAGGCGCAUGUUCCCCACAUUUCAAGUGAAGCUCUUCGGCAUGGACCCCAUGGCCGACUACAUGCUCCUCAUGGACUUCGUUCCAGUGGACGACAAGCGCUACCGGUAUGCCUUCCACAGCUCCUCCUGGCUAGUAGCCGGGAAAGCAGACCCUGCCACACCAGGCCGUGUACACUACCACCCUGACUCGCCUGCCAAGGGUGCACAGUGGAUGAAGCAAAUUGUGUCCUUCGACAAGCUCAAGCUGACCAACAACCUGCUGGACGACAACGGCCAUAUUAUUCUCAACUCCAUGCACAGAUACCAGCCCCGCUUCCAUGUUGUCUAUGUGGACCCACGCAAAGAUAGUGAGAAAUAUGCUGAGGAGAACUUUAAGACCUUUGUGUUUGAGGAGACUCGCUUCACUGCGGUCACUGCUUACCAGAACCAUCGGAUCACGCAGCUCAAGAUAGCCAGCAACCCUUUCGCCAAAGGUUUUCGAGACUGCGACCCGGAGGACUGGCCCCGAAACCACCGGCCCGGCGCGCUGCCGCUUAUGAGCGCCUUCGCUCGCUCGCGGAACCCGGUGGCCUCCCCCACACAGCCCAACGGGUCAGAGAAAGGUAGGGCCCGGGUCGUGGAAUUGGGGCCGCGGCCCUGCGCGCGCUCCGCCCCGGGCAGGCGGCCGAG